GCACAUGCGGCUGGUGGUGGUCGUGGUGGUCGUGGUCGUGGUGGGUGAGGGCUUGUUGGCUGCCGACAUAGUCGGAGCUCUGACUAGCCGCCAGAGCUCCGAUCGUGAGGAGGUGGCGCAGAUUCAUUGCGAGAAUUCCCUGGGACGGGAACUGUCCGUUGUCCUGAGAUGGGCACUCCAAGGCGGCUGCCUGCUGAUAAUUGACUUUGUUAUAGCUCUUCGGCCUUGCAGUACAUGAACCUCACCGGGAAAACUUGAGCAGACUGCGUGAAUUUCUGCGCGCGCCAAAAAGAGACCAGGUGGUUUCCCUCGGCUGACUCGUCUGGGGGGUUGCGUAGACCCGUGUCAGUGGAUCUGAUGGUGGCUGUUGACGAGAACCAACAACGGCCCUCUCCCCCUCACAGCACAACGACCGGGGUAGGGCAAAUCGUCCAUUUUGAGAUGGGACUCGGGGUUGGCUUGACAUCCCAGUACAGCGCAGUAAACCGCCGCUUCCUGCCAAGUUUUCAAAUCAUACAUGACCAACCUGACUGCCCAAAUUUGUGAUUAUGCCACAUAUCGCCAGG